GCUGACCCUGCACUGUCUGCUCCAGCUAGCCCUGGCAUCAUUCCAUCAUUUCUGCUGAGAAAUCAUCGUCUUAGAUGACUUCCUUUUCUCUUCGUAUCUAGAGCAACUCUCGCGUGCAAGAGUGAUGUUCCUGCCAAGCACCUUUUGAAGAAAAAGGGCACCCCGGACACUGCGUGGGAGAUACUCUCAGUAUUUCUGCUUUGGUUUUCGAUAUUCUACCAUCCAUAGGCCAUUCUCGUCCGAUAUCUUUCCAUCGCCUACGACCGCAGUCGUAGGUAGCUAAUCUGGUUGCUCGCUUGAAACUACUACUCGCGUUCCUUCGUUGUGGCUGGCAAAUCGUCACUGUUGGAAAUGGAACGGUUAAACCAGCAACCUCCAAGGCCCCUGGGAUCUUUUGGGCAAAAUCCUCCACCGCAGCAAGGUCCGUCAUCGCAGCCUGCAGGGCCGGUCCUGCCACCUCCCGCUGGUCCCUAUCACCCAGCAGGCCAGCAAGCCGGCCACUCCCUCCCUGGGCUGGCGGAAUUGAGCCAAGCCUCACACCAACCUUCUGCGUACCAUCCAUCCGCUUCUUCUCAUAAUGCUGGACACCCGCUUCCCGGUAUCGGACAGGCGAUGCAGCAUCGUUCCCCCCAGUCCAUCAACCGAGAGCGUGAAAGGGACUCGAGAGAGCGUGAGUUGAUCGAAAGACAGCGGCAACAGGAGGAGAUGGUACACAGAGAACGUGAGCAGCGUGAACGCGAACGAGAACAGAUAGAGCGGCAACAGUUGGAACGCCAGCGGGAACAGCAACAUCAUCCCGUUCAAAGCCAUACGGGAUCGCUUCCGCUGCACCAGCCCGUGGCAUCCAAAGUUCCAAACUCCAUCCAUGGCCCGAACGGACUGCUCUCAAACCUCAGUGCUAACCCUCCCAAUGGCCCUCAAAACACAGCCCAAUCUUCUGGCGGUCCCGGAGGAAUUUACGGGGCUCAGAUCCCUCCUGGGGAAAGUACUCGAGCAUAUAUGCAGCACUCUGCAGGACCUCCAGGGCAGCCUAUGCUUGGAUACAGUACUUCGGGACCACAAAUUCCUGGCAAUGUUGCGGCCCUUACACAGGGCCAGCAGCCCAUUUUGAACGAUGCACUCAGCUACUUAGACCAAGUAAAGGUUCGAUUUGUCGACCAGCCGGACGUCUAUAAUAGGUUCCUUGAUAUUAUGAAGGACUUUAAGAGCCAAGCCAUUGAUACGCCUGGUGUGAUCCAACGCGUCUCGACUUUGUUUAAUGGUCACCCUGCUCUCAUUCAAGGCUUCAAUACAUUCUUGCCCCCAGGCUAUCGUAUUGAAUGUGGAACCGAAGACAACCCCGAUGCCAUCCGCGUGACUACCCCUUCGGGCACCAACACCCUCAACAUGGCUCGCGCGCGUCAUCCAAUGGAUACGGCAGCCGAUAUGGGACCCUCUAGCGGUCUUGCUCCUCAUCGCACGGAUUAUUUUGACCAGUCGCGGCCUGGAUGGCAGCAGCCUCAACAACAACCGACCGGUAUUGCCCGUUCUUAUUCACCUGGAUCUCGUACGAUGGGGCCGGGCAUCUAUGGGCAGCAAGGAGGACAAGCUCAGGCCCAAGACCACCACUAUGAAUACCCAGGUCACCAGGAACAACAAGCUGCGGCUAAUGCAGUAGCCAUGGCACAUCAACAAGAUCAACGCGGUGUCUCGCAGCUUCAGGGUGCUGUCUCUGCGGCGUCAGCUGGCAUUGGACGAGCGUCUCUGUUGCAAGCUUCGCCAGCGCCUGGGCAAGGACCUAGUUUAAAUCAGCCCAUGAACAGUUUAGCUGGUGUUGGAUCUGGUGUGCUUCAGGGUUCACAGGUCGACUUGUCUAAGCGUGGGCCCGUUGAGUUUAAUCAUGCAAUCAGCUAUGUGAACAAAAUAAAGAAUCGAUUCGCGAGCGCCCCUGAGAUCUAUAAACAGUUCCUGGAAAUUUUACAAACCUACCAACGCGAGUCCAAACCCAUCCAGGAUGUUUAUGCACAGGUUACCCAACUUUUCAAUACCGCGCCGGACCUUCUGGAAGACUUCAAGCAAUUUUUGCCAGAGUCAGCAGCGCAUGCGAAGCAACAAGCAGCAGCAGCUCGUCAGGCCGAAGAAGCGGCUCCACUAAGCAACGUGCGUGGAGAGCCUGGUUACUCGAGCAGCGCCCUCGCCUCGCAAACUCCAAGCCGUGAUAUGAAAAUGCCUCCGCUGGGUCAUUUUAAUGUCAAGGAUUCGGCAAAGGACAAUAAGAAACGUCGCAGUGGGCCCGGUGCUCCGUCAGCUCUGGGUUCUUCCGUAUCCGCAUCUGCCGCAGCCACAGAAGCUGUCCGGGUAGCCGAUUCUCAGGGUGUGCGAGUUACGUCCUUGCAGAAUGGAAAUGCGAAUAAGAAAGCCAAAGUUCAUCAUGUGAAGCCAACCUCAGCGGAGGCUCCUGUGGUCUCGCCCACACUUGUCCCUGCUCUUCCGGAGCCCAUUCAGCCAACCUUUUCAUUGACGCCUUCACAAGAAGAAUUUGCUUUCUUUGAUCGUGUCAAGAAAUUCAUUGGAAAUAAGCAGACAUUUACCGAAUUCCUCAAACUUUGCAACCUCUACUCGACCGAUCUAAUUGACAGAAAUGUCCUCGUAAAGAGAGCCGCCGGAUACAUUGGUUCUAAUCCGGAACUUAUGAAUUGGUUCAAACGGUUCAUGCAUGUCGAAGACAUCGAAGACAAGGUCAUCGACGUGAAAGCGAAGCCGGAGUUGGGCGUUGUCAAUCUUUCUCACUGUCGCUCCCUUGGCCCUAGCUAUCGUCUCCUGCCAAAACGUGAACGACAGAAGCCAUGCAGCGGCCGUGACCAGCUCUGCUAUGCUGUUCUGAAUGAUUCGUGGGCUUCUCAUCCAACCUGGGAAUCUGAAGAUUCUGGUUUCGUUGCUCAUAAGAAGAACCAGUAUGAAGAUGCAUUGCAUCGUAUUGAGGAGGACCGACAUGAUUAUGAUCAUCACAUCGAGGCUUGCACGCGUACAAUACAGCUGAUUGAGCCCAUCGUUCAGCAAUUCCUUGUUAUGUCCGAAGCAGAGCGGGCUGCUUUCAAGCUCCCUCCCGGCCUUGGGGGUCAGAGCGAAUCGAUCUACCAGCGCGUCAUCAAGAAGAUCUAUGAUCGUCAGCGGGGCGAAAAGAUUAUCAGGGAGAUGUUUGAAAGACCGUGUCACGUUCUUCCCAUUGUGUUGUUCCGCUUGAAGCAGAAAUGCGAGGAGUGGAAGGCUAGCCAGCGUGAGUGGGAUAAGGUUUGGCGUGAGCAAACGCAGAAGGCCUACUGGCGCAGCCUUGAUCACCAGGCUAUUGCGAACAGAGCAGUUGAAAAGAAGCUCUUUGUGGCGAAACAUCUUCAGCAUGAGAUCCUGGCUAAAUUCGAAGAAGCCAAAAACAUUAGGAAGAGUGGUUUCCAGGUUCCCAAGCAUCAGUUUGAAUUUACCUUUGACGACCCGGCGGUUGUUCUCGAUGCGACCCACCUGUUACUAACAUUCAUCGACCGGAAUUCAGCUGGAUUCGGGGCUGACCCGCAGAAAGUCAUGAAUUUUAUCAAGGACUUUGUCCCAAUCUUCUUCGGGAUGGAUCGUGAGACGUUCCAUACGUAUAUGAAUGAGCUGUCCAAUGCAAGCUCAUCGGAAGAGGCCGACGAGGAAACCCCGGUUCCGGAUGACGACUCGACUACCCAAAGCCGAAGAAAGGCAAACGGCAAAAGAAUAGAUCUUCUCCGCGGCAUUCUAGAGCGCGGUGCCGAGAAGGCGAAUGGAACUGGUAAGGAAAGUAGCCGCCCCGGUACCCGUGCUGGCACCCCGGAUGCCCUCCUUGUCCCGUCUACUCCCAUUCCUGAUCCUACCGUGGCGUUCGACGUGGCAGGGUUGAAGUGGAUGGAACACCCUGAUCAGGGCAACUUCAACCUACAGCGGGAGUAUACGCUCAAUGAAUCCUACGACAAGAAGGUUCACCACCUGUACGCCAAUCUGACGAUCUACUGCUUUUUCCGCACUUUUGAGAUUCUGUAUUCGCGGUUGCUACGCGUCAAGCUGAACGAAAGCAUUGCUCAUGAGGUCAUACGACGUGCUCUCCUCAACAAGCCUGCGCGGGAACUCGGACUCCUGGACAAGCUCCCGACAGACUUGCUAUACAACUGCGAUCCUAAAGCGGAACUGUACCCACAGGUCGUGCGGAUGUGCGAGGAGGUUAUCAAGGGUGACUUGGAAGCUUCGCAUCUGGAGGAGGCCCUUCGCAGAUAUUGGCUACGAAGCGGCUAUCAAUUGUACAAUCUGGAUAAGAUGUUCACUGGAAUCUCCAAGUUCGCGGGAGGCAUCUUCAACGGUGACUCGAAGGACAGGAGCGCCGACAUCAUGAAUCUAUUCUUCAAGGAACGGGACCGGGAGCAGACCACUCACAACCAGGAAAUCCAAUAUCGCAAGCAGGUUGAGAGGCUGGUCAAGGAUGGCGAUAUUUACCGAAUUUCAUUUAGUCCUAGCACGCAAAAGACGACCAUUCAGAUGUUGACUCCCGAGGACAGCACGCUUGAAAACGAGGAACUGAGCCAGGAAGCACGUUGGUCUUACUACGUAUCGGCCUACACGAUGCGUGAUCCCACGGAGGGGGUGCCCUUCUCACGGAUGCGAAUGCCAUUCCUGAAGAGAAACCUGCCACCCAAGGUGGAUCAGGAUGAGGAGUAUAACCGCUUCUACCGUCCGCUAGUGUACCAUGACGGCCUUGUUAUCCGGAUCUGCGCCAACAGCUAUCAUAUUCUGUACGAGCCUGGAAGCUACGACUGGUGGUGGCGUCCCCCGGCCCCACGCGAGGAGUCAGCAGAGGAGCUAGCUAAGGAGGAAGCGGCGAUUAAGGAGAGACGGCGCGACCGGUUUAUGGAGAAGUUUGUCAACAACCCCAGCUGGGCACAAGGGCUGAGCAAGGACGAGGUGGACGAAUCGAAUCAGCGGUUCCGCUCGUGGGUCAAGGGUCCGGAAGCGGGGAGCGCGGGAGCGGGCGACGCUGCGGAGAACAAAACGGCUCCUGGUAACGAUGAAACGGAGGAUACGGAAAUGGCCGAGGCUGAGACGGCGGCAUAGACGCGCCCGGGAACGAUUUGGGAUGUACUUUUAUUCGGUUCGGUCGGGAUGGCACCACAGCUGUCUGACUGAUCGGCUGGCUGGCGUGUGAUAGACUGCAUGAGACACUUUGAUAUGGUUUUAUUCCUUUCUAUUGUUUCUAUUUGCGUUGCAAGGUUGAUGUGCUUGCCUCGGGGUCAUCCAACCCGAUUCCACGGGUUGGAUUGAUGCGCCGAGGCUGAGUGACAGGCGCGAGGGUUCAUGCUGUUAUCUUUUUCUUUCAUUUCUCUGUUUAAUGUAUUGUGACUAUCUGUACUCUAGGGAUGAAUGGCCUGAUUCAACCACUUAGUUACACUCCGUACACACCGCGCAUUCCUCGGCUGACACGGAGAGCGCAGUCGAUACUCCGUUAUGCGGAUCAGACAGCUCUCCGCAUCAAGCAUUAUCCUGCCAUCAUAUCAUAAUAAUCAUAACCUC